UGAUCAUAUUCCAAGGGGCCAAUACUCGACCGUGAUUGAUCAAUUUCCUUACUCUUGCAUGCUUAUGGAAUUUUAUGUGUGAUGGCCAUUUCGCAAGUUACGUCGCAUGUGAUGGCACCUUUAUGAAUAGUUUUUUUUAGUUUGGCAGUCUUGAAACAUAUAACAUAAGAAACGUCAAAUGCGCGUGGCUGUCAUUUGAGCAAAUGUAAACAAAUUAAAAUAUCGUAAUUGCAUUAAUAUUGUCUAAAAAGAAAUAGCUGUCAGCUGUUAUCGAAUAAAAAUGUAUUAGAUUGUGAGUGAUAGUCUGGAAAGAGACAAUACUUAUCAUCACUGUUGAAAGUUGUAUAAAAUAUCUCUGAUAUUUAUACAAUAUUUUAAUCAAUUUAAUUACAACAAUCAUUUCAGUGAUCGGUGUAAUAAAUUUACUGCUUAUAAUUAUUAAAUUAAUAUUAAAACAGCGAUAAAAUAACAAGUGGCUGAAGCAUAACCUUCCAUCUGUUACGUUAAAUAGUGCACGCGAUGGCAAGUGUCCCGAGUUUUACGUUAGAAACUGCGAAAGCUAUAUUGACAGAUAUUCUGACAGCAUUAAAUACACCAGAGAACUUGCAAAAGAUUACAGAGGCAAAGGAAAAUUCCGGCAACGAAAUGUUGAAAAUGAUGCAGUUUGUGUUUCCAUUAGUGACGCAGAUUCAAAUGGAUGUCAUAAAAAAUUACGGUUUUCCAGAAGGAAGAGAAGGAACUGUACAAUUUGCACAGCUCAUUAGAGCUUUAGAGAGAGAAGAUGCCGAAGUAGCACAAUUACAUAGUCAAGUCCGUUCAUAUUUCCUUCCACCGGUUACAAUAAAUUCUUCGACUGAAGCGUCUCUCUAGAAGAACAGUUGAAUCAUAUUUAUACAUAAAUUAUUAUGAUAGGAAAAAUCUUUGCGUACAUAUAUUAAUUUAUUUCAAAACUAUUUCAACAGCAUAAAUAAGAAUAACUUAUACAAAUUGAGAAAAUUAUCACAUGCAUUUCUAGGAAAACAAAU